GCUUGGGCUUGCGGGUGCGUGGAGGCGAGCUGCGGUGAUGAUGCGGCUGCUCGCAUCCAGUGCGUGUCGCAGAUGACGCGCAAUGGCCGCAGUGGUGCUUUUACUGGUGCUAGUGCUGGCGCGGUUGAAAGGCGGACGAUGCUGAGGGAGGGAAGGAAGAGGAGGAAGGACGCCUUUGUACUUUUGUCGGGUCUAUUUUAAGCAAGCGUGGCGUGGGGGUACAUUAGGUGGAUCGUCAAGGCCCACGGCGAGGAUCAGGAUAAGGAAGCACACCCUCGCCGGUGAAUAAGAGACCGAGGGGGGACCAACUGCUCAUCGAAUAAGGUUUCUACAGACACACUGGACAAAUGUGGAACACAUCUGAGUGAACUUCCUGUUAUCUCUCAUUGGAUAAAAUCUUCAGGGCAAUGCUUUUGUUUUUAGAGACAAUUUGAAAACGAUCUUUCUGAGGUGCAUCACUAUCUGUAUUGUGAUAAUUGAAAAGAAGCACUCGCUCUCUAGAUGAGGCUCACGUGGAGUGCCAUGUUGCAGCACAACAACAAUAACAACUACCCGUGCCUGAAGGCGUCCCCCCACGAGGCACCCCUCAUGUCUGCUUCUCAGCCAAUCCCUAGCAGGCUGGAGCUAGGCCUGGGGGACCUGCCGCUCAUCAGGGGCCUGAGGGCCUGGGUGCUGUGCUCAAAGAACCGUCAGAAGGGUGGCGCCCCACCAGCUGGCAGGCGAGCACCAGUGACACCACCUGCCAGUCGGAGGACUUCCUGCCCCAGACCAGCGGACGUGCACUUAAGUGGUACAUGGGGUUCGGGGUACGGCCUCCCCCAUGCUGGGGUGGGUGCCCUUGUGACAGUUGCCACACUAAAGACAUCGGAAGGCACUGGGAAGACACAGACUCAGUGUCUCUUUUUGCGGAACGACAAAGGAACCUGUUUGUACUCCACAUCUGGCGGGACAAGUGGGGCCGGCGCGUGGCUCAGAGGGAAAUCUGGUACUUCGCGGCGUGAUAUUUCCACUCUCCAAAUGCAAACUGCGGCAAGUCGAGUUCGUUUGCGCUCAGGCCGGAGGUGGAGGAAGUCCGGUCACCCAGUUGUCCGAGAGAAAAGACAAUCUGAUGAGGAUGUUUCCCAGGAACACGAAAAACAAGGCGCUAGUCACAAAGGGGAAACCUGUCAAAAACACAGAGGAUCACAGGAUACAUCCGGAGGCCUUCAGAAUCCAUCCGAUGUGGAAAGUCUGAGCAAUUCCAGCCAUGAAAACAAAACACUUCCUCAUGAAGAAGCUACAGUGAAACUGGAGGAACCAGACAAAGUGUGUCUGGACUGCCUCAACAGAUCUGACGGAGAAUCCUGUCAGAAAAGCCCUGGAUUCAGUCAAAAUGCGUACAGGGAAAAUUGUCAGAAUAAGUCCAGUCAUACUGCCGGUCCAGUAACAAUUCUUCCUGAGAAAGACGUCACUGAGAACCAGGCCAAAAAAGUGGACCCACAACUCUUUGGCAGCCCUGACAAGGCAGUCUGUCAGAAAACCUGUGUACUGGUUCGGAAUCCUGGAUGUUUUCAGAAUGCUUUAAAUGAGGGAAGUCAGCAAGAGUCGAGUCAUGCGCUCGAUCAAGACAAAACACUUCCUGAUGAGAAAGCCACCGUGAAAGAGGAGGAAUCAGAUAAAGUGAGUCCGGACUGUCUCGACAGUCCUGAAAGGGAAUCCUGUCCCAAAAGCCAAGAGUUCGGUCAGAAAAAAAAUCAGUAUAACAUAAGAAUUCCUGAGGAAGAAGUUACUGAGAAACAGCAAGAUCUGCAGAUAUUUAGUAGUCCUGACAUGGAACUCUGUAAGAAAACCCGUGGAUUGGUUAGGAGUCUUCAAAAUGCUUCAAAUAAGGGAAGUCAAAGGAGGUCCAGUUAUGCACCCGGUCAAAACAAAAGACUUCCUUAUGAGGAAGGCACAGAGAAACAGGAAAAGCCAGGCAAAGUCAGUUCAGAGUGCCUUGCAUGUUCGGAAGAAAGAAUGUGUCAGCAAAGCCGAGGACUGCUGGGGAGUCCUGGAUGUCAUCAGAAUGUUUCCAAUGAGGGAAGUUCUAUUGGACAAAGCCCCUCGAGUGGGGAGAUGUCAGGAAUGAAAAGGGAGUGGCAAGAGAAUGCAUUCCACCGCAACACUUUAUCUAGCUUGGUGGGGCCAAGCCCGGACCUGGAAUCUUCACACUCUGCCUCAGAAUGUGAGGGCAGCAAAGAAUCCAAGAGCACAAAAAAGAGAAUGGGUGAGGACGAUGGCGUCAUCCAGACGCCUUUUGAUGACAUUACACUCACAACCGUAUGCACUAAAGCCUCUAGUCCUGCAAGGGGCAGCACUGGGCGGGCAGAAAGUAAGCUUUGCCAGGUUGAGAACAGAGAGGCGCACCCGGAGUUGGAGCAAAAUGCGUCAAACCCAACAAUGGAUUCUUCUUUAUCUUCUUCAAAAGAAAGCUUCAAAAUCAACUUUAUGGAGGGAAAAGAAGCUGACUGGACGCCAAAAGAGUUUGCACGUGGAUGCAUGGUAACUCCUGGUGGUCCCCGCCUGCAAAUUCCCACCCCAUACUUGCCCCCGUUGGGCACCAUGGAGACCAGUCAGCAACACGCUGAGGUAGAAGAGGAAAAUAGAGGCCCAGACGAAAUAGCUUUGGAGAGUUGGGGCGAAAAACAGCAGGAAGAAGAUGAUUUUGGAGGGUUCAUGCAAGCAGGAGAAGGGUGCAGUCAGGGUGUUGCUGUUUAUGACCCAGCGGCUGAGCUCAUGCAACAACGCAGCAGACAGAACCAAAGAGCAUUGGGGAGCAGUGACAUCUCUGGGAAGUCGUGUGACUGGAAGCCCACCUGGACGGGAAGUCUGGACGCCUGGGCAACCUUUCCUCAGGACGUGUGGGACGAGGGUCGGGAUUCAGCAGGACAGUGGUGGCCAGAGGAGGAAACGAGCGAUGACAACACCGUCAAUCAUGAACUUGCAUGUCUGUUUGCUGUGGCCUUCCCCACACCGGCCACCUCGGCACCCCAGCACCCGGAUGACGUCAUUCCCACAUUAAUGCAGCUUCUACAGGAACGUGGACAGGAGCAACGACUGCUGGACGGCUUCCAGGACGUCAGCAAAAUGUCCAUCCCUAGAUACAAACAAGGAGGCGGCGUGUCCCGAGGUCUCUUGCUGACCUCAUUACACGUGGAGCGACCCAACACUGACAGCCAAUCCACCAAUUGCCGGAGUUAUUGUCGCCCCUUCCCUGGUCUGUACUCGCCCAAUCAGCGCGUUCCCAACACGGUGGUCAAGCGGCGGCUCUCUUGCGAUUACAAUAGGAGCGGCCCAGAGUGACAUUUUUUUAACCUGCCGAAAGCAAAGACUUCUGUGUUACUUUAAGUUAUUUCCUAUUUUAAUCAAGUCAACAAUUGUUGGGGCAUGAAAACAGAAAGUGUAUUUUUACGUAAGGAAGGCAAACCUUUAAUACUGGAAUACCUUUGGAAGUUACGCUGUUACAAUUGUAUGUGAAGAACAGAGGAGAUUGUUGCCACUUGAAAGAUCGGCCACCAGUUGCCAGAAAUUUUUUGCCGCUUCCAUGUUGCCAAAUUUUCUCCUCAGCUUUUUUUUUUUUGUGUCUUCCAACACCAGGAAACAAUUAGUCGAUAAAAAACUUAAUGACAAAUUUAAUUGAACUUGUAAUUUCAUCAAUCAAUUAACUGCAUAAAUAUUUGAAUCAAUUAAUAGUUGUUAGUUGAAUUAAUUGAAAUAGUAAUUAAUUGAAUUAAAUUUUUAAAUGAUUUCAAAUUCAAUUAAUUUUAUAUUGUUCAUCCAAGAUAUAGAGGAUAGGGCACAUUGUUGUCUAAUGUCGAAAGAAAAAUUGCUGUUUUAUCUUUUCAUCAAGUGUGUGUGUUUUUUUCGUGUGUUUUUUUUUUUUUUUUUUUGCACGGCCCUUUUGUAUUUUAAAAUGGUAAUGUACUGGUACAAGAUUUUUUUUUUUUUUUUUUU